GUUCAAGAACACUAGGAAAGCUAUCCGUAUCGAUGCUUCAUACGGGACGAUAACGCUGGAAAUGAUAUGGCACUUCUGCUUCGACUAUUCCUACAAUGCUCUAGACGUGCCUAAUUUCAGGAUCGAUGUGCGGAAUUCCAUCAUAAGCGGUGCCAUAUCGGGGAAGCUGAUAAGACAGUUUCGCUUGGUUACUGCCAGUCAUGGCGAUGCAGGCCAUACCACUGCCAGUACUCUGUAUCGUGAACCCGGCGGUGGAGAUUAUGCUGGAACGGCGAAGUUUACUUCAGACGCAUAGCAGUGAGCUGGUAGACAAAUACGCUGUAGCACCAAAGUGCGAGUCUAUAAUUUUCUCUAUGAUCUUCGAUAGCUCGCAUCCCCGGCAGAGAACUUGGUUCGUUUGGUUACCGAGGGG